GCCGUGGUUGGAAUGCGGCAAUAGACUGUAUAAGACCUGUACGUCCGACCCGGUCCCAACUCACUGCAAACGCCCCCUCUUUGCAGCUCUCCUAGCUCUGAGAUCGUUAGAGACGAACAGUCAAACAUGCGUUUCACCAGUAUUGCAUUCCUUGCCGCGCUCGUGUCUGCCGUGUCGGCACACUUCCACUUGCAGUACCCCGGUCCUAGAGGUCCAUUUAAUAUGGAAAACGAGCUGACGUUCUGCGACAAUUACGGUCAGGUCACGACGAACCGCACGGUGUUCCCGCUGAGCAAUGGUUACUACUUGCUCACGUCGGAGCACCCACUCUGGACCCUCGGUGUGAUCAUUUCGACUGUCCCAGACCCGGAUAACUUCGCAAAUUUCACGGACUCAAAGAGCAACUAUCAGAUGGCCGUGAACUACUUCGAGACGUCGGGCGAGGGCUCGUUCUGCGCGCCGAUCGACAUCAGCGCCGCCAAUAUCGCUGGUGUGCAGGAUGGCUCGAACGUCACGAUCCAGUUCAUCUUCGACGGUGGUGAUGGCGAGCUAUACCAGUGCGCGGACCUUACACUCUCGGCGAACACGUCCGGCAUACCGUCGGACGUGUCCUGCACAAAUUCGACCUCGAAUGCCGGCGUGACUUACUUCAGCUCUGGCGUCGCCCCGCCGACGAUCAGCGUGACAAGUUCGAGCGCAAGUGCUACCUCUACGACCAGCGCGGCCGAUGCUAAGGCCGUCGUCGGUGUCUCCGGGAUCUUGCUGAGCGUCCUCGGUAGCUUGCUGGCUUUGGCGUGAUGGGUGCGAUUUUGGUGGUGCAUUUCUUAUGUCUGGGUACUGAGUAGCAAAAGGAUGGAAGGGCGCCGGGUGCUUACAAGCUUGUAUAGUAAUCGUGUAAUUGACUCUCGAUGUCCUACUACUAGUAGUACGUGUUGUCGCGACUCGGACAGCACCAGGUGGUCGCUUUGCUAGUAGGACGGAUUAGGUGUAGGAUGAAGACGAGUCCGUGUUA